GAUCUAUUGGAACAACUAUUCAAGUUAUUCGAUCAAGACAGAGACCAAAAGCUUAUCCAAGAGAACUGGAUAGAAUUUUUGAAGCAGCGAUUACAUGAUGAGAAGCAAAUCGAUUUUGCCGAGCAAAUCGAGAGUGUCGCCUAUUGUCUGUGCGGAGAUGAAGCUAUCGGAAUAGAACAGUUCUAUCAAAUAUUUUACGCUAAAGGAAUCGUAGACAAGCUAUUCAGAUUGAUAGACCAAGAGAAUUUGGGCUCCGUCAGUGCUGAGCAAGUCAUGGAUUUCCUGGCCAGCAUAACGAAUACUAGACCUCGAACGGGCUUCGAUAAAGGCAGCCUCGAGUGGCUCGAGCAAUUGUUCAGACAGACCGUGGGAAAUGAGAAGGAAAUCCGCAGGGAGGAUUUCAAGAAAAUCGUUAUAUCGAAGAAUCCGUUCUUCACCGAAAGAGUUUUCCAAAUCUUCGACAAGGAUAACUCCGGCUCCAUUUCGCUGCAGGAGUUUUUGGAUGCGAUGCACCAAUUUGCCGGACAAUCGCCCGAGGAUAAAAUACGAUUCCUAUUUAAAGUUUACGAUCUUGAUGGUGAUGGAUUGAUUCAGCACAAGGAACUUCAGCAUGUGAUGAGGGCUUGCAUGGAAGAGAACGGGAUGAGAUUCAGCGAGGAACAAAUCGAUGAUUUAACGGUGGCCAUGUUCGAAGAUGCCGAUACCAAUAAUCGUGGUGCAAUCACCUACGAAGCCUUGAAAUAUCAAUUGGAAAAGCACGGAGGACUUCUCGAGAAUCUGUCGAUCAGUAUUGACAGAUGGUUGGUUCCACCUAAACCCAAAGCACCGCCAGCCUCGUUUUUAGGCAAAGUCAUGAAAUACAGGCCAUACCAAUUCACGUUGCCCUACGUGAAAAACAAUUACGUUUACCUCAUCUUUCUAGCGGCUUUCGUUUUCGUGAAUGUCGCCCUUUUCAUUACAAGGGCCUAUCAAUACAGGGAUUCAAAUAUUUGUACGAUUAUUGCCAGGGCUUGCGGUCAAUGCUUGAACUUCAACUGCAUGUUCGUUCUUGUUCUGAUGUUACGACAAUGCAUUACGUUUCUAAGGACUAGAGGCUUCAGCGCUUUUCUACCUCUGGACCAGCAUAUCUAUUUCCACAAGUUAACGGGAAUGUUAAUUUUUUUCUAUAGCGUUCUCCAUACCAUCAUGCACGUCUAUAAUUUUACCGAAGCUCUUCGGAUUAAUUGAAGGAGUAGCCAAUCCAACUGGAGUUGCGCUAUUUGUUAUUCUUCUAGUUUUGUUCCUCUGCUGUCAAGCUUUCGUGAGAAAAAGUGGAUUCUUCGAGAUUUUCUAUUGGACCCAUUUACUAUACAUCCCUUUCUGGAUUCUUCUGAUAUUUCACGGUCCAAACUUCUGGAAGUGGUUCAUUAUACCCGGUAUUUUGUAUCUAGUGGAGCGUGUACUAAGAUUGAUCUGGAUGCAGAGCGAAAGGGGAAAGACGUACAUAAGUUCUGGACUAUUGCUUCCUUCUAAAGUAACUCACUUGGUAAUAAAGAGGCCUCUGCAUUUCGAUUUCCAUCCCGGCGAUUACGUCUUCAUCAACAUCCCAGCCAUAGCUAAAUACGAAUGGCAUCCUUUCACGAUUAGCAGUGCCCCUGAACAAGAAGAUUAUAUGUGGUUGCACAUCAGAGGCGUCGGACAAUGGACCAAUAGGCUGUACGAAUACUUCGAAAAGGAGCAGGAAAAAUUACAUAACGGCGAUAUACCAGCCCUGGGUUCGGAAAAGAAGCGAUUAUCGAAUGGCAGCAUCGAAAAUAACAAUGGACCCAUGAAAAAGAUCCAGGCAACAAUAAAACGGACUUUCUCGAAUCGAGAUCCAACCAAAAACGGUAUACAACUGGUCGGAUUUACCAACGAAUCAUUCCACAAAGAUGAAACAACGAAGAGUCCGUCGGAAAGUGAUCUAGUUAGCGCUCCUUGCAGCAGCACCACGCCAGAUCCGAAACGAAAGUUGACUCCUGAAAAGAAAUUACAUAAACUGCUGUUCACGAACAAAGCCCCAUUGGAGAAGUCGUUGUCCAUGCCGGAUAUGCAGACCAAAGCCAAGAAACGCGAAAGAUUAUUAGUAUUAAGGGAAUACAUGAGAUCAGAAUCAGAGAAAAGCUUUGACGAAUGUCAAAUACGCAGAGCUCGGUUACAGUCUUUGGGAUUGGCUUAUCUCAGUCCACAGAAUAAAUCUCUUGCUCAGAGUUUCAGAUACAUGAGGAACAAGCCGACAAUCAUUGCGUUCAAAACGCCAAGUUUAGAGAAUUGCGAACAAAGGGAUUCCAGCAGCUCCUUAGGAUCUGUAGGAAGACAAAUCAGUAGUUUGAGCUUCAGUUCUACUCCUGAGAGAACGGCGGAAGAGGGAUUGGUCGGUGCUCAGAUUCAGGAGCUUUCACCUCCUGGAAAGGUUUCAGCCAAACCGAUGAAUUAUCCUGUAGGAAAACCACUAGAGAUUAAAAAGCGUUACACGAAUCGAACGAUCUACGGGAUUAAAGAUUGCGUGAAUAAAGUGCGUCGUCUGAUAUUAAUGCCACUGGGCAACAGAACGGAGAUCUCCUUGGACGGUCCAUAUGGAGCUCCAUCAAGUCACAUCUUCAGAGCACAACACGCUAUCCUCAUUGGUACUGGAAUAGGAGUUACACCAUUCGCUUCUAUCCUCCAAUCCAUCAUGCACCGAUAUUGGAAAGCCAGGCAUAGCUGCCCUAGGUGCAAAUUUUCGUGGGCUAGCGAAAUACCUCCGACAGUAAUGAAUUUGCGCAAAGUCGAUUUCUUCUGGAUUAACAGAGAUCAGCGAUCCUUCGAAUGGUUCGUAAAUUUGCUUUCGCAAUUAGAGAUUGAACAGGCCGAGCUUGGAGGAGCUAUGGAGAGAUUCUUGGAGAUGCACAUGUAUAUCACAAGUGCAUUGCAGAAAACCGAUAUGAAAGCUGUGGGUCUCCAACUUGCACUUGAUUUGCUCCAUGAAAAGGAAAAACGCGAUUUGAUCACUGGAUUGAAGACUCGCACCAACGCAGGUCGACCAAAUUGGGAUAAAGUGUUCAAACAAAUCUUGGAUCAGAAGAAAGGCAAAGUCACCGUGUUCUACUGCGGUCCUCCACAACUUGCGCGAAUCCUGAGGGUGAAAUGCGAUCAGUACGGAUUCAGUUUUCGCAAGGAAGUCUUUUAAAACUUGGAUAUUACUUAAAUGUAGAUAGAUAUUUUAUUUAUUUGUAAAUAAUGUGUAGCAAAAAGGAAAGAAGCGAAGAAAAAAAAAAUAUGGAUAUUUUAUAUUUAUGUUGUAAAUUUAUGUGAAUAGUUGCUAAACAUUGUGGGCCACUAACAUGCGAAUUUCGGUUUUAUUGGAUGGAAUAACUUUAGAGAUGAUUUAUUUUUUAAAACUA